AUGAUUAUUUUUUAAAUUCUUAUCCACCCCCUACAUAACAAAACGUGUUCUCUAUCUUAUCCAUCUAUCUUUUUCAACGUUUGUGCGUUUUUACGCACGGCACGUGACUGACUGGCGCACUCCCCCAGUCAUCAGCACAAACAAGUUGUAAACAUCAAUGAGCGCGUGAUUCCCGCCCAUCACCAAGAGAGUAAGACGUUUUGUGUCUCCUUUGGCCCCACCUCUCCUUCACUGGCUUUGGGAGAACGUAAACAGCGCGGCUCUGCACUCCUUAUCGCUCGGCAACAGGCGCGUAACCGCGCCGCGCUGUCCGUAGUAUCUAUCCAAAAACAAGUGUCCCCUGGGCGACAGCCGCGGCAGACCCGUUAGUGGCAGGUUGUUGUCCAGUGAUGCAGACGGACAACAUAAGGCCAAAGUCUUUGUUCACGGAGACAAAAGGAUGACAUGUGAUCACCUGAGCCGAGUGUUGGCACUUUACGCACUAUUCUGCGCCAUGGGAGCCAGCUCCAUCGUACACCGCUCAAGAGAGUUCGAUAAGAAGGUAUCCCUGCUGCUGAAAGAGGAGCCACAAAACCCCAAGUGCUUUGCUGAAGGUCUGAAGGACUUCACGUGUUUUUGGGAGGAAGACGAGGAGAGGGCUGGCCCUGUGGACCAGUACACCUUCACAUACACCUACCACGGGAAUGAAAACUCCAGCAGCUGCCCGCUGAUUGUCCUUCCUGCAGCAGGAGGCAAGAGGCGGUUCGUCUGCCACCUGGACCGAACCCAGCUGUUUGUCCAGAUGGACAUCGAAGUUCACCGGGAGGGACGACUGAUCCACAAUCGCAGCCUCCACAUCGAACUUGUCUUUCUCCUGGACUCCCCUGCUAAUGUGACAGUGAGCACCACGGGGCAGCAGGGCCAGCUCAACGUCAGCUGGGUGCCUCCUCCUCUCAAGUACAUGGAUGACAGCAUGAUGUACGAGGUCAACUACACUGUGGCAGACAGCCACGUGGGGCAGGUCGAGGAGGUCAGAGCCAGCUCCGAGGUGAUCCUCAGAGGCCUGCGGCCAGGCACCGGGUACAGGGUGCAGGUUCGUGUCAAGCUAGACGGGAUUAGCUACGGUGGCUACUGGAGUGCCUGGAGUGAGCCGGUGUUCAUGGAAACGCUGCCCGCAGAUGUCGACCCACUCAUCAUGUCCCUGACUCUGAUCAUCUCCUUCGUCCUCAUUGUGCUGUCUCUCACCGUGCUCGUGUCCCAUCACAGGUUUCUUAUAAAGAAGGUUUGGCCGACUAUUCCAACUCCUGACAGCAAGUUCCAGGAUCUGUUUACCAUUUAUGGUGGAGACUUUGAGGAAUGGUUGGGAGACACCAACGGCAUCCUGUGGUUGAUUCCAGCAAAUGCCUUCUCAGAAGAACACCCUUCACCUUUGGAAGUGCUCUCCGAGCUCAGCCUUUGCCCUUCACUGCCCUCCCCGUCUCUACCACCCAAGGCCUCCAGAGCUGUACCCACCAACAGAAACGAGGACGGGGUGAAGAAGGGGCUGGAUGAUGUAGAGCCGCUGGAAAGAGGUGAUUCGGCAGUUACUGAGGGGUGGAGCACCGCACCACACGACCCCUGGCUGAUGGACCGCUUACGGGCGCUCCACCAGCACCAGUUACCCUGUUCCCAGUCCUCCCUGCUGGAGUCCCAAGAUGCCUACGUCACCCUCAGCACAAACGAGCACAGCGGCCAAGAGCGCCUGGAUGACUCUCUGGAUGAGUCCAUGCCCCUUGAAGUGCUUUUUUCGUCCAAACCGACAGUGCUGUGUGAGUCUCACUCUGACCUGGGCUCCGUGCAGCAGAGCUCUGGCUCCGGUCGCCUGUCGUCUCAGUCAAGCUUUGAGUACCCGAACCAGGGCUGGAUGCCCAGAGGCCCCGGGUACACCUACAUGGCAGUGGCAGACUCGGGCGUCUCUAUGGAUUACAGCCCCAUGAGCAGAGCAGAUGACAUUGGGAAAGUGGUAAUCUACAGCAACGACUACAAGAACGAGAUCCCAGCUCAGAGAAGACCCUUCCUGCAUAGGCAACACUCUGUCCAUGAUGACGGCUGAAGAGGAGCCCAGUUGGACAGGCUGCACGUCUGCUGAGACUGUAGGUGGGAAAGGUGGAGGAUGUCUGGAUAUUCACCCACAGCUACAUCACUCCUCAUCAAUUGUUAGGACAGGUGUACUAAUGACUUGGAGCUGACUGAUACCAGUGUAAGCUAAGGGACUCAGAGUCCACUGCAUGUACAGACGGUCAUCGCACAUCUGUACAGGACAGUAGCAUCACACAGAAACAGCAGCUGCUGUUCACACCAAAUACUGAUAUUCAGUGUAAAGGUCUGAGGUCGGAUUGGAUUCUGUAGAUCUGAUCUCUUAGUGAUUUUUUCAUACUUGAUUUACCCCUACUUUUAGGCUUAAAUGACAGAAUGGAGGUGAAGUUAAAAUACAGAGUAGCCUUCCUGAAAUGGAAGUCUGGGUAAUGCUCUUUCUAUUUACUUCUCAUAUGUCUCAAAGGACAUGACUCUAGAUAUUCUGCAGUUUUCUUUUGUCAACACAUCCCAUAAAAGAACAAUAAAUGAAUCUUUCUAGCAGUGUCACCUGUGGAGCUGUUGUCUGUCAGCCAUGCUAGCAUGCUAACGUUUAGCAGGCAUGAUGCUGCGUUCCAGACAAUUUGAAAAUGGAAAAUUUCCAUCCUCAUACUUAAAAAAGUCUGAUGGAGCAACUCUGGAGUCAGAGGUCCAACUGGAAAGCUCAGGCCACUUUUUGGUGGUUUUAAAUGGAUCAAAGUCUCAUAGCAAGGACUAUUUGCUCAGGCUGUAUUAUUAAAUCAUAUUUGAAAUGGCUAAUGUGUAUAUUCUGACUAAACUGUUAGGGAACAGUUUAUCCUGAGGAAAACAGUACAUAUGUGAUGAAAUUUCAUGACAGUGCAAGACAUUUCACUUUCAACUACAAAUGUAACAUAACCACACAAAUAGCUAAAAACUGAAAACAAAUCAGUGCAUUAACCUUUGCCCUGUGUUUGAUGCAGUGAUCAUGGGCACUGUCGGGCAUUUUGAGUCAAACUUAGAUACAACAUCAUUGUGUCUAAAGCAUCGAAUGUGUAUUAAUACACCGCUGAAAAUAGUCCCCAACAAAAGCAGCAUUUAAUCCUCAAAUAGGAUUUGCUAAAAAAAAAAAAAAGAAAUAAUAAAAAAAAAAAACACAGGGCAGCUUGUUCUAAGGAAUCAGACAUUUUUAAUUAAACUACAUAUUUGUGACCUGAUUCUUAACAGUUGUCUUCAGUCGGAACCAGAGAAGAAGUCCGGUAUUCAGAGACAGAAGAACAUCUUAGUUUGUGGUUGACAAUAUGAAAAGGAACAAACCCUCAAAAUUAAAUGAAUCAGCUUUCACUUCAACCCUGCAACCACCUGAAGAGCCUCACUGUAUCUGUACAGUGCCUUGCGAAAGUAUUCGGCCCCCUUGAACU